GUUUCGAUAUAUAUGAAGCUUCCGACAGCAUGGACAAAAUUAAGGAUAGAGCGAUUUUACUAUUUUGCCCUUCAUCCCUUUUGGACGACAGGGAGGAGCACAGUGCGCGCGGCCCGGCCGUCUCCCUCAACGCCGGCUCCCUUGCCAUCUCCCCCGCGCUGCCUCGACGCCGGUUCGCUCGUCGUCUCCCAAACGCCGCUGCUCGCGACCACAGGAGGAGGAACCCGCUGCACAACGCUCUUCCCGGACGCCGCGUCGCCCUUUCUUCUCCGACCUUCCCGGUGAAAGCGGCGUUGGAGCCUGAGAUCAAGCGGUCCUUCUCGAUUCAGUCCUCCUCCUUUCUCGUCUCCAAGCAGCAUGUCCUCCCCGGACCUCGGCUCCUCACUCGUCACCCUCUCUCAGAAGGAGAGGAGAAGCCCUGGUUCUGGUUGAUCUCCAGCCGAACGGCAAUAACGACGAUGUCAUCUGCAGAUGCAGUACGUUCUGCUUGGUUUCAGCCGAGUGGCAAGAACAACAGUGGCGGCAGCAGCAAGCCCGACGUCCGGCUCCCUGUGCGCCAUGCUGCCCGACUCUUGCUUGCCCCACAGGCCACAGCUCGGGGUGGGUUGCCGCCAAAUUGGGGUGCGGCGGCGGCGCACGGGAGGCAUGAACGGCAGCGGCGCGUGGGAGGAGGAGACAGUGGCGAGCGAGUCCGGUCGCGAUGAGGACGAGGCAGCGCCGUGGCGAUGUUGAGAUGGAGGGCUACGAUGGAAAUUAACAAACGUGACUAGGACGGAUGAACUGGUAGCGUCAAACAAAAAAAAAACGAUUCUGAUUUGCACUGUAGCGUCAAAUGAAAAGAAACGG